AUGGCCAACAAGCCUGUGAAGGGUUCUGCUAAGUGGGUCAAGUCACUUUGGCUAGGCAAGGCCAAUGCCAACGAUGGACACCUUGUUGUCACGGCAGGCGGCAAACUGCUGAUCACGAGGUCAAUCCGCCGCACACCGCAAAGAUGGGAUGCCUCGCUGCAUGAUGUUAUCAAGGACUUUCCUUGGGACCACCCAGGGUUCGUAGCCGGUGGUCUUGGCAAGAUGCGCAAGCAGCGAGAGCCCAAGCCCGUCGAAGCCAUUGCAAUGCCAGAGGCUGAUGAGGUUGGUGUGCUGGGCCCCGUGAGCCCUUUGCUGACUGCCGGUGAUGAGGCGGCUACUGACCCGACGAGCCCUGAAGAGCUGCCCAGCCUGCCGGUUUCGCCAAGCGUUGAGAGUUCGAGCAGCAGUACAAGUGAUGCUGCAAGCGUCGCAAGCGCUGACCAAGCAAGUGGUGAGCAGCCUGUUGCCAUGCAAGGUGUUGAUGAUGAACCGGGGACUCUGGCCCCAAACCCGGAGCCAGAGAUGCCUAGCGCUGGCGGGGCAGGCGGGGACAGAGAUGAUCCUGACAGUGUGCAAGAGCGUCCCGCAAAGUCCGCCAGGUUGCAAGCAGUGAUGCAGACCGAAUUGUAUCACAAUGAUGCCCGAGUUGAGUUUGAUUUUGAGAAUGGCGAGCUUGAUGAGCUUGAAGGGUAUGAUUAUGGGUUGGAUGAUUACUACUUUAGUGAGGAACCAGACCUGGCCAAAGGUCCUCCCGACGAGCUGUGGCGCCCUUUUGGGCCGACUGAGCCGAUGUUGUCCACGGACGAGAUGUUCGCGAUUGACAGCGCUGCCGACGACUUCGAGAUUCGAAGGAGAUCCAGGUUCGUCGGACGCGAGUACGCGUGGCUCGACAAAGAGCGUGCCGAGUUGUUC